GAGUGUGACGCUUCAGAUCCUGCCAGCUCAGUGAGCGGAAAGAAACAAAGAUGGCGGACUGGGGCCGAGGUUCCAAUACAGGAGCAGUGGAUGAGAUGAUGGACGCCGAGAAUAAACGACUUGCGGAAAAUCUCACCAGCAAAGUGACGCGGCUGAAGUCACUCGCUAUGGACAUUGACCGAGAAGCAGAUGACCAUAACCAAUAUCUGGAUGGAAUGGACUCUGACUUUAUGAGUGUGACUGGCCUUCUGAGCGGGAGCGUGAAACGAUUCACAGGAAUGGCUCGUUCUGGACGGGAUAAUCGCAAGCUCUUGUGCUACGUGUCAGCCGGUCUUGUCGGACUCUUCGUUGUUCUAUAUUAUCUUGUGUCACGGGCCAGCACGUGAUGGACAUUAACCUAAAGACAUUGAUUAUGUACAGACACCCAGUGACCCAUAGGCGGGGAGGGGCCUUUGGCUUGAUUUAAAGCUGCAGAGGAUCUUGGCACUUUACACAAUUUUCUUCAGCAGCAGCUUGGACUGAUGAAUUAUCCGAGAGAUUUUUAUUUUUUUUAAUUAAAUGAGCAAACUCCUGGCAGAUUGGUAGGAAGCACAGUUGUAGAGUGUAUAUAUAUCUGGCAAUUUCUAUUUAAAUAAAAUUUUAAAAUAUUCAUAA